AUGACAGCCAGUGUGGGGGGUGACAAUCUGUCUGGAUCACUGAAGAGGAGGCUGACUGCGACCGAGGGGGCCUACCAGGGAGGUUUACGGCAGGGCCAAGGGCCCGGUAACGGCCCAGGUCUUGGUCUGAACGGUACCUCCUACGGUACCUCCAUGACCCAGGGUCCCGGGGUGCCCGCCAAGCGACUCUGCCUGGAGGAUGUGACCCUCUCCAUGGGUAGCAGCUUCCAGCAGAGUCCUUACUCUAGAGGACAGAGUUCUGGAAGUCACGGGGGUCCUGGAAGUCAGGGAUCACUGCAAGGUAACAGGCUGGGGAACGGUAACCCCGGGCUGGGGUCGCUUUACUCAAUGCCCCCUAAGGCGAGUCCAGGGUCUGCGGGUGUUGGUGGAGGACAUUUUCACCCCAAUGGAAGCUCCUCGUCGGCCCCAUCGGUUGAGCAGGAGCUGCAAGAUAUUCUGGAUGAACUGACUAAGAACCCGGAUCCGUCGUUGACGGAGUUGGAUCUUGACAAGAUACUGGGGAAUAAAGAGGAGCAGAAUCAGAAUCAAGGGCAUGGGCCGGGGUAUAUCCACCCACACUCGCCCAAACGCUCCCCCCAGAGACCCACCUCUCACCUGGAGAGCCACCUCACCCGUUCCCCAGGCUUUCCCCAGGCCGGGUCUCCCCAAGUAGGCCCGAGUCCGGCUGGAGCUCCCUACUCCAUCCCCCACCCCUCCAAACCAGUCCCCUCACCCCUAUCGGCCUCUCCUCAUCACUCCUCUUCAUCCCAGAAUCAAGCUCGUUCUCCAAUGCUCUCAGCCGCCCUUUCGUCUCGACCCGGUUCCACGUGGCACGAAGUAUCGCGAGCCCAACAGCUCCAGCAAAUGGCGUCCAACUCCAACAAACACCUUUCUUCUAACACCCCUAUCCAGCAGAACCAGUCCCAGAACCAGACCCAGGCCUCUAUCCCUCCUCUAUCCCAGCAAGGCUCACCCUGGGGCGGCCAGAAACUGUCCAACCUCCCCAACUCCUCCCCACUCCACCAGCAACCAUUCAGCCCGGCUGGAAGCAUCCAGAGCCCCCAGGGAUCGCUGAGUCUCCCAUCCGCUGGUCCUUCACCACCCUACCACCCAGAGAAGCUUGGUAGUCCGGCUAUCGCCCAACCCCCCUUCAGCCCACAGAGUACCCUCCUACCUGGAGGAACGACCACCACAUCCAGCACUUCAUCCAACAUCCAGGGGUCCCAGGCCAACUACAUGCCCAGCGGAGUUGCACCGACAUCGGGCGCCACAAGGCCCUCGCCCCCCUACAGGACGGACAAGCCCCAUGUUAGUCCUUUGCUUCAACCCCAGCCUCAACCUCAACCCCAGAACCAACCCCAAACCCAACAUCCACAUCCAUACAGCACCCAGAAUGGGUCAGGACCAAACAACAAUAUGUCUAGCCAGCUCUACAAAGCCAUGACUGCAGGUCAACCCAGCAGCCUCAAGCUACUAAUGCAACAACAACAACAACAACAACAGCAACAGUCGAACACACAGCAGCUACAGACUAACGCCCAGCUAGGACAACACCCGUCCAUGUCCAAACCAGGCAGUGGUGGCACUGUACCCCACCAAGAACCCCCAUACUCCUUCACUAACACCAAACCCCUUCGCCACUUUGACCCCAACCCGGACCACCAAGGAGGACAGCAGCAGAAGAUGGGGGGAGGGGGACUCCCUGGACAGGGACCCCCCAACCCCAUGGCAGGUUAUCGGGGAAUGCAGCAUGGUGGUGCUGCCGGAACAGCAGCAUCUGUAGCAGCGAACCACGCCCAUUUACUACAGCAGAGGAUGCAGCAGAUGGCAGCGAUGCAACAGGCCACAGCAGGAGCCUUGGGAGGGCCACAGCACUGUAGAGAGGAGCAGAUCCCAGGUCUUCAGGACCCAUCUGUCCCCCGUUCAACCCAGACCAACUACAACAACCUGCUGCUCAUCAGGAGGCACCUACAACAGGAGCAGAAGAGGCAGAUGGAACAGAUGACUGAGUGUCAGCAGGGGGCAACAUUCACAGGUGGUGGUCGGCCUCUCCCUCCAGAUUGUGUUGGAGGCGGAGGUUACCCCCUGGGUGUUCCCCAGCUAUCCCACGGUGGUCCCCUCCCAUCUGGGCCCGGCCACCUCUCCCUUCCCCCUGGACAUCCAGGCCACCCAGGCCAACCCGGACCCCCAGGAUCUCUCACCCAAGUGGGCAGGCCGGGAGGCGCCUUCAUGGGUGGUCCUCCAGGCUCCAAGCAGCCCCUCUAUCUCCCUUCACAGGGUGGAGAGUUUGUUGGUGCUGGUGGUAUGCCAAUGAGACAACCACAGUUAGCACACGGCAUGAUGGGAAUGGGCGGUCCUGCUGGUCCUCCAAGGCCUGGGAUGCAGCAACAGGUGUCCAGGAUGGGGAUGACAAUCGGGGGGUUGGGGCCCGGGUCAGGGCCUGGGUCGGGGUCUGGUCACCCACAGCAUCUACGACAGGCCCUGCACCAUAGUGGUGGAGGGGCACCACUCCCACGUAUGAUGUUUACCGCUCAGCAAACACACCAACACCAACAGACUGCAAUGUGGCCUCCUCAGCAGCAGGGGGGGCUAGUGAAUUCCAUGCAGCAUCGCAUGCCCUGCAGCGAUGGCCACAUGGACCCGUCGGCUAAUCACCAGCAGUUGCACGGACACAUAUUUCCUGGAGGGGGUGGAGGCGCCAACGGAAGCUGCAACCCGAACCCCAACGCCCAGUUUACCCAGCAGGCAUUGCGAUCGGGGAUGCCCGGAGGCGGGGGUGGUAACAAUUUUGCCCCCCACCAAGGACCUCCAUCGUUACCCUCCAACCAAGGGGUCGGGGUGCCGUCCUUACCCAGGAGACUGAUGCAGAAGCUGGGUGUAUCCACUGCAGGGCAGCCCCUACCCUCCAUGGUCCACCAAGGGCUUCAGCCUGGUAUGAGGCCCAGGGGACCCCUCUCGGCCCUGGCUGGAAUGAAACCCAUUCCCCCUGGUAUGAUCCACCACCCAGGCCACGGUAUGGCCCCACCUAGCUAUCCUGCCUCUGGGGCCGUCGUCGCCAAACACCCACACCAACAUCCCCAUCCCCAUGGGCCUGGGUAUGGACCAGGUCAGGGGAACCCUGGACACAAGCUACCCCCGUAUGAGUACACUCAGCGGGGGCAGAGUAAUGGGGGGAUGGGGGGUAGACCUGGUGGUGGUGGAGGAGGGGAGGUCGACUUUAUUGAUACUCUGGUGGGGUCGAACGAGGACUGGCUCAAUAACCUCACUAUGAUAGACGAGUACCUGGAGCAGAACUCAUAGGCGUGUGGUCAAAGGGUAAAUGUCAGGGGUCAGUAAAUUGACCUCAUUCCUGUAUAGAAACACUGGUGUUAGGAGUGUGACAUGGACAGAGGAUAUAAAGGGCGUAUGAAGGCUUUAUAACUGGUAAUAACAGGUGUGUGUACAUUUCUAGAAGGUUGUAGAAAGUGCCAUGGUUAUACCUAACUUGAAUGGACGGUUUGAGUGAAUGUGAUUGGUUGCUUCAGAGUGAUCGGAGCACUACACAGCCAAUCCGCUGCUGCCGCAUAAACCAACCUCCCACCCCAAAAUGGCUACAUUCCCCGCAAGGUGUGCUGUCCCUUAUCGCUGGAGGCCAUAUUGGAAAGAGGGAAUGGACUAAAAACGAAACUCACGGAACACAUGGAACACACAGAACCUCAUCAUCACAUGGUUACCUGGGAAACAGAAGCUUCACUCUAAAGAGCUAGCAACAGAGUAGUGGAGUCCAAACAUUCUCAUUGGUUGUUUCUGUGUCUGAAGCUUGAACAUUGGACUAAUAAAGUUAUUUGAAAUCCUCUCCCUUGUAGGGAUUUCUCCUAUCAAAGGGAUAGGUGUAUAAAACACACUGUGAUUGGAUAAAAUCAAUGUCCUCCAGCAAUGCAAUUGGUCCAAUGUUUUUCAGUGUAUUGUUGUGAUCUGUUUCUAAAAUAGCAGUUGAAUUUGCAACACCAAAUCUGAGGUUUACUUUUGUAUCAAAGUCAUUGAGUGUGAUUUGGAAGCAUAGCUCAAAAACACAACAAUUGCAGAUGAACCAUUCGGAUUAUCUCCUGGUCUCACAUAAGGUCUUUGAGCCAAUCAAAGGUGAAUUAAUAUACAGGGAAAUACAGCCAAUCCCUGAUCAAUUUGGGGUAAUAUAAAUCACUGAUUGGCCAAAGGAACGACAGAGGUGAUCAGCCAAUGUUGCCAUGGCAAUUUGUUUUCACUAUUUUGAUUGAGAUCAGUUAUGUGGAGGCUUGUAAAUAGUAAACUAUUUUGAUUGAGAUCAGGUGUGUGGGGGCUUGUACAUAGUAAACUAUUUUGGUAAACUGUAUCAUACACAAAAGAGAAGUACACAUAUUUAUACUUCUUUUCUGCAGAUUAAAAGUCUUCAGAUUCCCUUUGUACAUAAAUAAUAAAAUAAAAAGAUUGAAAUUAUAGCUCACAAAAUUAAAUCUGUUUUACACUAGAAGAAUCUUAUUUUAAUUUGUUUUAAAUAUGCAAGACAAUACAGUUUGAGUUUUUUCUCAGUAAUACUGUGUAUUACAAUGUUAUGACAUAAUUGUUAUGUUUUUGACAUAACGCGACUCCUGGUGCCCCAAUGGCAAAAGGGUUCUUUUGAAGGGUGAUGGAGAACAUUUACGAACACACACACACCAUCUCUCACUCUGGCACUACCCCGCACUCCAUACCUGUGAGGUGAAAGUUGAUAAUCUUGGUCCAUCUACUGUAGUGUAAUAUCUUUGUUCACAGACAAUAUAUCUGUCGAUUUAGACAUUAUCAACAUUUCAUUGCAAUCUAAGACUACAAUAUAAUCUGUUAGAUCUGUAUGACCUUUUCACAAGGUAAGCAACGUGUAAAGUGGAAGGCACUAUCAUAGAAUUAGAAUGAGUAGAACAGGCACACCCAUUCAACUCAAUUGUGCUAUUGGGUUCCAAUUCCUUUUGUUUCGUUCUAUUUCUAAUGGCACUUCGCUAUGUAUGUCAUUCCAAUACCCACAACAAUCUACUGUGCCGCACUCUAUAAGGACACAUGUAAAUAGUCUAUAGAGUUGGCUCCUCUCCUUGUCUCCUUUCCUUCAUUCACACUGAUCUGAACAAAAUUACCGGUCGGGUGAAAGCUGGUUUGCUAGUAGGAUUCCGCCAUAUUGCUUUCACCACUCCUAUUCCUAUCCAUUCACAUUGGUGCUGAUGACAGAGAGGAGACGAGGAGAGUAAGCUUGUUAUGACUAUUAGAAGGCACCCCCAGCAGGGUUUCCCCUACCGUAGGACCACACGGCGAUUUAUAAGCCAUGACAAGGGGUUCAUCGAUUAUCUGUGAUUACAUUUCUGUUCUUGUCUUGAGUUUUUUUAUUUGAUAUAUAUAAUAAACUGUAUAGAUGGGAAAAAAUAAUGAAAAUAAAUGCCGUCCGGCUUUUUUAUUUCA